AAUUUGUGGCCAGGCCUGGUUUUGUUCCCUGUAUGGCUGCCCCCAAAAUCCCAGAUGGUGAAAAAGUGGACUUUGACGACAUCCACCGCAAGCGCAUGGAGAAAGACCUGACGGAGCUCCAGACACUGAUCGAGGAUCACUUUGAGAAGCGCAAGAAGGAGGAAGAGGAGCUCCUCAGCCUCACCGACCGCAUCGAAAAGCGCAGAUCCGAGAGAGCCGAGCAGAUGAAGAUCAGAGCGGAGAGGGAAAGGGAACGACAGAACAAAAUGGCCGAGGAGAAAGCAAGAAAGGAGGAAGAAGAGGCCAAAAAGAAAGCUGUCGAUGACGCCAGGAAGAAGUCGAUCAUGAGCAAUCUGACCUUUACUGGCUAUAAAACACAGACGGGAACCAAGCGACAAACGGAGCGAGAGAAGAAGAAGAAGAUCCUCAACGAAAGGCGAAAGGAGUUAAACAUUGAGCACCUGAGGGAGGACAAACUCAGGGAAAAAGCCAAAGAAUUGAUGGAUUGGAUACGGCAGCUGGAAUCGGAGAAGUUUGAACUUCAGUACAAAUACUCGAAGCAGAAAUAUGAGGUGACUGUGCUGAGGAACCGUGUCAGCGACCAUCAGAAAAUUUCAAAGGGCAGCAGCAGCAAGCGAGGCCUGAGGAAGUAACAACAACAACACAGAGUCCUCAUUUUUCCUCAUCAGUCGCCUUACUUUCUAAAAAUAAUAAAUCAUCACCAUGAUUGUCUGUCAAGUAAAGUUCCUGCAUGAAUAAAAGUGUCAAAAUGA